ACCAACAAACGAGGAAACCAGUCUGCAAAUGUGUUUUUUAAUUUAAGCUUAGGAGUUAAAUGGAAAUGAAAUAACAUAUUUGGAACUAAUGAACCAAACAACACUAGAACUCUAAUUAAGCAUCCAGCAUUAGGUGGUUUACAAAGAGUAAAAGGUGGCUCUGCUGAACUAACAUUGAGGCACACGCACAAAGGGCUGGAACAAAACACGUUAAUUAAAAGAUAGCGUCAAAGGGAUGGCAUGUUUUGUUGAAAUGAUGGUCUCCUGCUGCUCCGUAAGUGCUGAGGUGACAUCCAGGCAUCCAUCAAAAUGAAGGCCAGCCGAAGCUGGCAGAUUUAGAAAGGCGAGAUGUUUGCAGCUUUCACACAGGGGCCGUGCGCCUCCUGAGCGGUUCUGUGUGCCUGGCGGGUACCGCUGCUAUCGAUGGGCAGUUUCUCGUCACGGUGCCGCUGGCUUAGCCGUGCAAUUGCAUAAGGGAUGCAGUUUGCGUGCGUCCAGGCAGGCGAGAAGGCCCACCGCGCCAGCCCGCUCUCCCGCCUUCCCGAAGCCGCCCUCCGCCCCGCCCUCCCGGGCCCGGCCCCUCUUUGUCUCCGCCCGCGGCGGGCGGGCCCUGGGGCUGACUGUGCCGGGCCGCGGGGCGACCCUUCCCCUGCGCGGCCUCGCGGCGCGCCCCGGCCCGGCGCGGGGAUGCCUCACAGAACUGAGUUAUAUGAAGGUGUUCCACCAACUUGCUGGCCUAUCGUGUAUUCUCCAGACUACAACAUCACAUUCAUGGGACUGGAGAAACUACAUCCGUUUGAUGCAGGGAAAUGGGGAAAAGUAAUCAACUUUUUGAAAGAAGAAAAACUAAUUGGAGAUGACUUGAUUGUGCAAGCACGGGAGGCUACGGAUGAAGAUCUUUUGGUUGUUCACACAAGGCGCUACCUUAAUAAAUUGAAGUGGUCAUUCGUUGUGGCUACAAUCACAGAAAUUCCACCAGUCCUCUUUCUUCCCAACUUCCUUGUUCAGAGAAAAGUUUUGAAACCUCUGCGAACCCAGACAGGAGGAACAAUAAUGGCAGGAAAACUUGCUGUUGAUAGAGGCUGGGCAAUCAAUGUGGGAGGUGGUUUUCAUCAUUGUUCAAGUGACAAAGGUGGAGGAUUUUGUGCAUAUGCUGAUAUCACACUGGCUAUUAAGUUCUUAUUUGAAAGAGUACCAGGGGUGUCUAAAGCCACAAUUAUUGAUCUGGAUGCUCACCAGGGAAAUGGCCAUGAGAGGGACUUCAUGAAUGAUCAUAGAGUAUAUAUCAUGGAUGUGUACAAUAGAUAUAUCUAUCCAGGAGAUGGAUUUGCUAAACGUGCCAUAAAACGGAAGGUGGAGUUAGAGUGGGGUACAGAGGACACAGAAUACCUUCAGAAGGUACAUACUCAUGUGGAAGGAGCAUUAAAUGAAUUAAAACCUGACAUUAUUGUUUACAACGCUGGAACUGAUAUUCUGGAUGGCGAUCCAUUGGGAGGACUUGCUAUUUCACCUCAGGGAAUUGUGAAGAGAGAUGAAGUUGUGUUUAAGGCUGCCAGAAGCCGUGGAAUCCCAAUUUUGAUGGUGACAUCUGGAGGCUACCAGAAGAGGACUGCCCGGAUUAUUGCUGAUUCUAUCCUCAACUUGCACAACCUGGGGCUUAUUGACAACCAGUGGAGCUGAAAACCCAAGAUAAGGACAAGGAAAACUUCAGCUCAGAUGUGGACACCCACGAAACAUUGGCAAGUUGGCAGCAGCUCAGGUUCACCAAACUGGACUCCUGAUGUAUCUGAUACUUAUGGUUCUGGUUGCACUUCAUCUUUCUUCAUCUGCUGUAGCUGUUUUGCAGUUCAUCUACUUAAAAGGAGGUGGAAAAGAUUUUGCAGAUUAAGGGCUGGCUCAGUUCUUCCUCUGACUAUCUGGAAGAAUUCUACUGAGAAUAAAACUGUACAUCUGAAAAAUA